AUGGGCAACCGCUCCUCGACGCACUACCCGCCGCCGACGGCAUGGGCCCAUGCUCCUUACGGGGCCUAUACGGUGCCCGGAGGAGCUUUCGAGGCAAAACGCGGACUUAGCGGUCCGCCUGGAGCCUACGCCGAGCCGUAUGUUCCGCAUCCGCAGCUGCGACGUUCGAUGAUAAGUCUGAAUGCUGAUUCGGGCUAUAUGACGAGUCCAAAUGAUUCGGAGCGAAUGCGGUUGAGAGGAUCACGGAUGUCGCUGAAUCACCUUGAUUUUGAUCGACAGAUGAUCUAUCCGCCAGAUCCGAAAACGAUGAAGAAGCUGGAGAAAAUGGAGAAGAAACAGCAAAAAUUGCUGAAAAAAAUGGGUGGUCGACCAGUUGCUCCACCUCCAGCAGUGUUUUUGCCACCACCACCGCCAAUGUACACUCGUGCCAUGUCUUUUGACGAUUUGAACAGGGUACACGUGAUGACGCCGCCUGACUUGAGAUUUCGAGAUCAUUGGCGUGGAGCUUCCCGAUUUCGACCCAUGGACCAUAUGGGCCGUUCGACAGUGAGUACCACCACUACAUCCGGACAUGCGGUACAUGGAACAGGCUCAAUGGCGUCAUCACCAGUUACUUCCAUAUCGGAUGAACAUACGGGAGAUGCAUGGAGAGACUCACCUCUGAGAAGGGAUCCUCGAGAAGACAUGUCACCAAUGAGCGAUAAUAGCACAGCACUUAGCAGCAACAUUCGAUCUGUGGAUUCCGCUAAACCGAACAAGCCAAAAACAGUGGAGAUCAAAGUGCAACGGACAGAAAAAGUGGAAAGACGAGAGAAAUUUGAUCAUAAUAAAGAUUGGCUGAACAAUAAUGAUACAUAUGCAAUGCCAAGAAUGCAGCCAUCUUUUGGUUCACGAUCAUCACUGUCUACUUCGCAAGCUCGUGGUGAAUCUAGUGAUAUCGAUUUUAGCUGGAUCAGAGAGGAAGAAAAGAAACUAAAGAAUGAGAAAGAAUACACAAAGCCUCUGCCCGAAUGUUAUUUCGGCAUGGAUCCUCCGAAAUUAGAGGACAAUGGCAAUGUUAGACAACGUGAAGAAAAGGAGAAUCUACGCCGUAGUAACGUUCGCAGUACUACCGCAGCACUGGAGCACGAGUUAGCAAAGGAGAAAAGAGAGGUCAUGAAAUCCCGAUCCUCUACACAUCUAGAAGAUCGUCGGCAAGAAAUUUCGCCACGGCGAGAUAUGGGACCAAUGGCUAGAAGAUUGCAUAGAAUGCAGAGAGAGGCUGAAGUAGCCAAUCGAGACUAUGGCGACCAUGACGAUAACAGGCAACGAUGGAGAAGUAGUAUGGCAUUUUGA